AUGACUGACUUUAAAGCCGAAACCAUUCAUAUGGAAGAAGAAAAUGAUGUUGGUUCUUUCAAAAACCAAACAGAAUCUGAAAUCAUUCCUGAUUCAUUGAAACAUAUGUCCAGCGAAGAGAUCGAUGCCUUGAUGAAGAAAACUACAAGAAGAAUGGAUCUCAGAAUUUUACCAAUGUUGGUGUUGAUUUACAUCUUGAACUAUUUGGAUCGUAAUAACAUUGCCAGUGCAAGAUUAAAUACUUUGGAAGAAGAUUUGGGUUUAGUUGGUACUCAAUACCAAACUUGUGUUUCCAUUCUUUUCGUUACUUAUAUCACAUUCCAAAUCCCUGCCAACAUGAUCUUCAACAAAGUUGCUAGACCUUCAAUUUUCAUGUCCAUUUUGAUGACUGUUUGGGGUGCCAUUUCUGCUUGUACGGGUGCUAUUCGUAAAGAACAUGGAUUUGUGGGAUUAUUAGUUAUCAGAUUGAUUAUUGGUGCUGUGGAAUCUGCUUUCUUUCCUUGUGCUUUAUUCUUCUUGUCCAAAUGGUAUGACAAAAAAGAAUUAGCCUUGAGAACCACCAUUCUAUACUCUGGUUCUUUAUUAUCAGGAGCUUUUUCGGGUUUAAUUGCCGCUGGUAUUUUGAAUAACAUGGACGGUAAAGGUGGUUUGAGUGGUUGGAGAUAUUUAUUCAUCAUUGAAGGUGCUAUCACUGUCGCUGUUGUUCCAAUGGCUUAUUUUAUUUUACCUGAUAUGCCUCAUAAUACCAAAUGGUUAACUCAAGAAGAAAGAGAUGUUAUCAUGUUGAAAAUGAAAAGAGGUGUUGGUCAAGAUGAUUUGGAUCAAGCCACCACUGAAUUGAACUACAGACAAAUUCUUUGGUCAACCUGUAAGGAUCCCAAAAUGUGGUCUAUCACUGGUACCUUAUCAUUCUUAGUUGCUGCUUGUGGGGUCACUAACUUUUUCCCCUCGGUGGUCAAAACUUUAGGGUUCUCAUCUGUCAUCACUUUAGUUUUAACUGCUCCUCCAUAUUUACUUGCCGUGGUAUCCACUUUCUUGUGGGCAAGACAUGCUGAUAAAACCGGUGAAAGAUUCUAUCAUACUACUUUACCAUUAGUAAUUUCAUUGAUUUCAUUCAUUAUUUCGGCUGCUACUUUAAAUACUGGGGCUAGGUAUUUUGCUAUGUGUAUUAUGAUUCCUUCUUUGUAUUGUUCGUUCACAAUCAUUUUAACUCACAUGAGUAAUUCCAUUCCAAGACCUCCUUUGAGAAGAGCUUGUGCUAUCGCUAUCAUGAAUUGUCUUUCUAAUUCCACCAGUAUUUGGAAUAGUUAUCUUUACCCCGAAACUAAUGCUCCAAGAUAUCUCACUGCAUUCGUAUGCAAUUGUGUGUUCAUUGGAUUAGCAGUCUGUGCUGCUGUGUUUACCAGAUUUAGAUUAAUGCAAUUAAAUAAGAGAAUAGCAUCCGGUACAAUGAAUUGGGAAAAAGAAUUUGGAAAAGGGUUUGAUUCAUCUAAGAUCUCGGAAGAUUUUAGAUUUUUGUAUUAA